UUUGUACGAUCGACGAUUUGUCGGCGAGCGCGCGUAACUCCUGCAAAGAUUUCCCUCAUUUUUCUUUCUCUUCCUCUUUCCGUUUAAACGCGAUUCAAACGAGAGAGAGACGAGGGAGACGAAGAGGUCCGUCGCAAUUAUCUCUCAACAGCGGUUUAACAAGAUCACGUAUAACGCGAUAACGUGAAAAACCGGUCCCAGAUGCUCCGUUUCGGCCGGCCGGAGUUGCUUGCGCAACGAUCGACGCACACCGGUAAUCGAGUAUAAAUCGCGUUCGCUAGCUGACUCACCGCGCGAAACCGCGACGACGCGCGACGGAAGGGGAAAACCGAGGAGAGAGAGAGAGAGGAGGACGACGAGAGAGGAACGGUAUAAUAGAUGGCGGUGACGGAAGCGCUUAAGGUUACGAGAAAGCGUCCGUCGGUGUCAGUGUGAAUUAACCGUUGCUCCGGUCGAAUCAAGUUCGGUGAGGAAAGGAACGGCAGAGAGACCUCGACCGCCUCGACGCUUUGACGUUACGGUUUAUUACGACGCGAGGACAAAUCGCGGGAAAAAAAAUUCAUUCCUUCGCGCGAGGAGCAAAGAGAGUCGCGAUGGCGCCGAUCGCGGAUCAGGGUUACACGUACGAUCUCUUGGUCAUCGGUGGAGGAUCUGGAGGUCUGGCAGCAGCUAAAGAAGCUGUGGGACUGGGAGCAAAAGUCGCAGUUUUGGAUUACGUGUCUCCCUCUCCGAUUGGCACCACUUGGGGCUUGGGUGGUACCUGCGUCAACGUGGGAUGUAUACCGAAGAAACUCAUGCAUCAAGCUGCGUUGCUCGGUGAAGCUAUUCAUGAAGCGGCAACGUUCGGUUGGCAGCUAGAUCCGAAGACUGUGAAAAUUGAUUGGGAGGCCUUGAGAACCUCCGUACAAAAUCAUGUCAAGUCUGUCAACUGGGUCACUCGUGUCGAGCUUAGAACAAAGAAAGUUGAGUAUUUCAACGCUCUUGGACACUUCAAAGAUGCACACACGGUAGUUGGAACUACCAAGAAGGGGGAGGAAAAAGUUUUUACGGCUAAAGACAUAUUAAUCGCGGUAGGUGGCAGGCCCAGGUAUCCCGAUAUUCCAGGUGCUGUAGAAUACGGUAUAACUAGCGACGACAUCUUCAGUUUGGAGCGGGCUCCAGGAAAAACCCUCGUUGUUGGUGCUGGAUAUAUUGGUCUGGAGUGUGCUGGCUUUCUUAAUGGCUUGGGUUACGAUACAACGUUAAUGGCUCGUUCGAUUGUGUUGCGCGGAUUUGAUCGGCAAAUGGCGGAACACGUUGCUGAAGAGAUGCAGCAACGCGGCGUGAAUUUCAUCUACGAGGCGAAGGUUAAGAAAAUAGCGAAACAAGAGGAUGGCCGCCUUCUGGUUGACUGGGUCGACAAGGAUGGUCAAAUUCAUCAAGAUGUCUAUGACACUGUUUUAUUUGCUAUCGGUCGACGAUCGCUCACUCAAGAGCUGAAACCGGAGAACGCCGGGUUGAAGCUUAUUCCAGAAACUGGAAAGAUCGAUGCGGUUAACGAACAAUCGAAUGUUCCGAACAUUUACGCAGUUGGCGAUGUACUUCAUAAAAAACCCGAAUUAACACCCGUCGCUAUACACGCGGGUAAAUUGUUGGCUAGAAGAUUGUAUGGUAAUUCGACUGAGAAAAUGGAUUACACAAAUGUAGCGACGACGGUGUUUAGUCCUUUGGAAUAUGGAUGUGUCGGACUGAGCGAAGAAGCGGCGGUCGCGCUUCACGGGCAAGAUGAGAUAGAAAUUUUUCACGCGUACUACAAACCAACGGAAUUUUUUGUACCCCAGAAGAGCCCCGAUCGUUGUUACGUGAAGGUCGUCGCGCUUAGACACGGCGAUGAAAGGGUGCUCGGAAUGCACUUUGUCGGGCCCAAUGCGGGCGAAGUAAUUCAAGGAUUCGCGGCUGCUAUUAAAUGUGGCUUAACAAUACCGAAACUGAAGUCCACCGUCGGCAUACAUCCAACGGUAGCGGAGGAGUUUACGCGCAUAUUCAUUACUAAACGGUCGGGCUUGGACCCUAAGCCGCAAAGCUGCUGCAGUUAGAUCGAUGAACGCGUAUCGUCCAUCUUGCUUUUCUCGAUUACAUUCACAGAUUUAUACCGAUUAUCCAUUAGAAGAUAACGCGGUCCAUACUCUUGUGGUUUAGAAGUCAGCCGAAUAUCUUUUAGCUGAAACAGUUUUUCAUCGUUACGUAUGAAAAAACCACCGUUAUACGAGAAAUACGCUGAAAUACAGCAGUAUUACAUGAAAUAAACAGCGAAAGAAUAGAAUCCAGAAAGAGAACAGAUGAUCCGUUUUAAUUAUGUCACACUAAUAGCACCUUUUUAUAUAUUUUUUUUCACGGAACUUGCGUACGCAUUAUAGCAUACGCAUCAUCGAUGCAAAAAAUUAUCGUGAUGCUUAUUUGAUAGCUUAUUAAUAAUAAAUCAAUAUUAAUAAAACGUUGAAA